GCUCCCGGAAGCGGAACCUGAGCUCGGCGCUGCUGGCAGCGGACGCGCCGCCGGCGCCGUUACCGCCGCAGGAUGAACGCGCCGCCGGCCUUCGAGUCCUUCCUGCUCUUCGAGGGGGAGAAGAAGAUCACAAUUAAUAAGGAUACAAAAGUACCAAAUGCCUGUUUGUUUACAAUCAACAAGGAAGACCACACACUUGGAAAUAUUAUCAAAUCGCAAUUACUGAAAGACCCUCAGGUGUUGUUUGCAGGAUACAAGGUCCCACAUCCUCUGGAACAUAAAAUCAUCAUUCGAGUUCAGACCACUCCUGACUACAGUCCCCAGGAAGCUUUCACCAAUGCUAUCACAGACCUGAUCAGUGAACUCUCCCUUCUGGAGGAGAGAUUCAGGGUUGCCAUCAAAGAUAAACAAGAAGGAAUUGAAUAG